UUCAAUCCGUGGGAGCUAGAGGACGUGCUCGCACAGACGCACACGGCUACUGUGCGUGAGAGACCGGGAAGUGCAUAUUCUACCGCAUCCUCUCUUUACAUCGAACUACAGGCUACAGAAUUCGUGUGAUAUCUGAAUAGGCAGAUGAUUGUAACGAUUGGCAAUUUUGUGUAUUUUUUUACCAAAAAUAUAUAGUGUAGGUGUAUAACAGAAAAACAAAAAUUGAUACAAUAAUGAACGAGACUGAGCACCAUACCCCGCUAGAAGAGUACGAUUUCGAGCGAAGGUUCGAUGAAAGAGUCGCUCUGGAAUGGAUGCAAGAAAACUGGAGCAAGUCGUUCAUGUUCUGUGGCCUGUAUGCUGCGCUCAUCUUUGGAGGCCAACACUUCAUGAGGGAGAGGCCCAAACUUAACCUGCGUUGGCUGCUUGUGCUUUGGUCAUUCAGUCUUGCCAUCUUCAGUAUCAUCGGAGCACUCAGGACUGGUUGGUACAUGCUACAUGUCCUCACCACCAGUGGCUUCAGGGAGUCGGUGUGUGACAUCAGCUUCUACAGCGCCCCAGUCAGCAAGUUUUGGGCCUAUGCCUUCGUCCUCAGCAAGGCUCCGGAACUGGGCGACACCGUGUUCAUCGUGCUCCGUAAGCAGCGCCUCAUCUUCCUCCACUGGUACCACCACAUCACUGUGCUGGUCUACUCCUGGUACUCCUACAAGGACCAGGUGGCCGGUGGCGGCUGGUUCAUGACCAUGAACUACGUGGUGCACUCGCUUAUGUACACCUACUAUGCUGCUCGGGCUGCCAGGAUGCGAGUGCCCCGUCCUUGUGCCAUGGUCAUCACCGCCACCCAGAUCAUGCAGAUGGUGAUGGGCCUGGCUGUCCUGGGCCUGGUCUACCACUGGAAACACGAGGUUCGCUGCCCAUCCUACCUGGACAACAUUGUGUGGGGCUCGCUUAUGUACCUUAGCUACCUGGUACUCUUUGCUUCCUUCUUCUACAAGUCCUACCUCAAGGGCUCAGGGGACAAGGGGUCCAAGGGCGAGUAGGACAAAGGAGGCUAGCUAGUACACUGGGCAGUCAUAUUAGUGUGUGCCAAAUUAGAGAAGACCACGUUGUGCCAUGGAUGUGUGAGCUACAACUGGGUAUGCUGGUUGCUGGGUCCACAACGUCAAUUGUGAAGAGCCAAUUUAAUUUCACCCAACUUUAUUUAGCUGUCUGUAGAUCAAUUAGUGUAAAGUCUAGAUCCGGUACCGUUGAUGAACAAGGUACACAGUAUUGUGGUAGAUAGUGGACUGAGAAACCAGUGCAUGGUCAGCACACUGUAAUAUGGUAUCCAAUGAAAGUGGAGUAGACACUGAGAGAAUGAAGGAGAUGGAGUUGGUUUUACAUAUGACUAAUGUACUACUCACUUCACGGGAUUUCUUGGCUUCAUUAAUUAUUCUCUUAACCAGCAUCAUACCUUAAAAAUAAUAGCCACAUGUGGGCUAAAGAUUUGUCAAGGUCAGUUUACAACUGUGAUGCAGUAUGCAUGUUGGAAAGGCCUGGUUCUAGUAUUUUACAUAAAAAUAGACUAAAUUCAAAUGAUCUGCUGCUUAAGCCCACCCGCAGGACUGUGUUUUAGACCGGGCACAUGUCUAGACUAGCACUCAAAACAACAAUUUGGAUUAUCAUAAGGCAAUACAUUUAUAAUGCACUGCAUGAUCAAAGGAUGAUUUCUGCAUAUGCACUUUGGUUUGCAGCUCACAGAUCACUAAUCUGAUAAAGACUUUGCCCAAGCUCCACCUGUCAGACAUCUGUCCUCCACAAAUAAAGUAAUGCAGGGUUACUCUGCAAGUAAGCAUAAGAAUUACUCAUCACAAGGGUCUAUUGUUUGGUAUUAUCUCAUGAAGUCAACUACAUGCACGUAUUUAAUGUGUCGCAAUGCACAGUUUUAGACAGUAGUUAAAGGUAAAAGAUCGCAUAAAACCAAUGAAGAUCAUGGUUAAUAACAGUGCUGUGGCAUGUACACAACCGACACCUUAACACUUUUUUGAAGUGAUAUUAUCUCAGUGACACACUGUCUGGACCUCCCUGAGAUGAACACAUUUCUCAAUCAGAAGCCGUCCACUUUCAAAUAUCUAUCUGGAGACAUUGACAGUAACGUGCUUGCAAAUUAAGUAACUUAAUGGCUCGACAUCUCCUGCACUCCCCUCUCUUCCCCUUCCACCCUCAGAUCACGUUCACCAUUCUGCCCUCCUCACCCAUUGGGAAAAUGUACAGUAUCUCGUCCAUGCUGCUUAUACUGUAUGUAUUUUGACCUUUGUCCUUGAUUCACAGGCAUUCCCACAUGUGUAGAUAAGCAGGUAAUCUUGGUUAGCCCAACCCAAACCAGUCCACUACAUCCUUCUGAUGACUGAAUGGAAUUCUGGUUACAUACUGAACUCUUACUUUACCUUACGUGCUAAAAGAGAACUGAUGAAGGUAAACCAGAUGUUAGGGUUGAUAUUAGGAUGUUUGCCUCAUGCUGUACUCAUGCUGCUAUGAAAUGAGACACAAGUAAAUUUAAAAGGUUAGAGAGGAUAGUGGCGCACAGAAGGGAGGGACACUCUAAACAAUGUGUCCAUUGUAAAUAAUAUUUCUUAAGAAUCUAUUUAUUUUCUUAAAGUCUAAAGUGUCAGUCUUUUAGGUGUGCCAGUAAAUUGGGGGACUAAGCAGAGGCCUGUCUGUUGUCCAUUGUGCUGAUUGAGUCCGUUCUUUUACAUCUCAAUGCACUGUGUUAAUUUGCAACUAUUUCUACCCAUGGUAAUUCAAGGGUAAGAAUCCUGGUAUCUUGUUGUCAAAGGGAAAACUAACAAGGGUCUAAACCACGACUGUGGUUAGGCUUGCAUUGUUGUUGAACGCGUAUUUGAGUCUGUCUGACUCGCCUGUAUUAAAACACGUUAUGUAUCAGUAUGAAACCUUAUUUGACAUGUAAGAGCAGCCAAGCACUUCUAUUGAGCCCAAAUAACCAAGUUGUGUUCCGUAGGUGAAUCAUAACAAGCGACAAAAAUGAUCUAAAUAGGCAUUUACCCAAUCUCUAAACAGACAAACACCCUUAAGCAACAAAACAGCUUGAAUCAUAUUUGAUGAAUAAUUAUCAUCAUAUGGGCCUAAGUCAAGAUUUUCCAAGAAAGCUUGGUCUGGACAUAAAAUGGUUGAAGAGUUUGCUGUUUGUCAACAAAUAACUAGUGAGUUGUCCCCCUGACCAGCUUCUGUGUGUAUUAUUUGUGUGGUUGUAGAGCAGCUGUGUAGUUAUCUCUCCUACCCGUUGUGUCUUUGUCCCAUGUGCUUUACAUGUAUGUUUAUAGAGGUUAAAUCCUUUUUCUGAUUCAUUCAGCAUUCAGAUUUUCUGAAGGGUAACUACCAACUGGCCAUAUUUUACAUAACAGUAUGUGACACUUGCCUUCAUAAGUGCUAAGACAGUUUGUUACUGUAGCCUCUAUCUACAACUGACAGUUGUCAGUUACUUCACUUGUGCUUAUAAACCUGUUAUUACAGUGUUUCCAGUAUGGGGUUAACCAUGCUCUUAUGAAUACCGUACACAUGUACACACUUGUAACACAUGUAUCAUUGCAAAAGUAGUCUGUAGUGCUAAGUGAUGUAUAUAAUUGUAAUUAAUUAUUAGACAACACGUAGUGUAAACCUGCAAAUAAAACAUACUAUAAAAAAUGUAUCAAUAUACACACUUUGUCCAAUCCUACACAUUGAAACAGAUUAUUGGAUUUUUGUUUUCAACAAUUACUGAUCCUACAAUGCAGGGAAAUGAAUGAAAACUAAAUGUAAGCACUUAUAAUGAAUUAGUUUGUGUGCCAAAUGAUGCUUCUGCAAUGUUCUACUCUGUUGGGUAAAUGUAAGCACAUUUGCAUUAGUUUGUUAUCUUAGCUGAUGUAGAAUGUUUCUUGAAUACAUCCUCAGUGAGUCACUGUCUUGUGUCAACUAUGGAAGGAAAAUAAACUGGUUAAGGGCUUUGAUGUUUAAAUGUCAUUUAAAAUGUUCUAACAAUAAAUAGAUUUCUGUUUUAAAA